AUGGAAAAAAUAAAAAAUAAAAACCCUUUGGAAGAAACUUUAGUAUGCACUAGAUGCAGUUACUUAAAACCGCUUGUAGAAUUUAUUCUUGAAGAUGCAAAAAAACGAAAAAAGCAAGAUGUUGAUAAUUUUACGAAUGAAGAGGAAAGUACAAUCGACUUUGCAAAUAUCACAGAUUAUGUUUAUGAUAUUCUCUUAGAAUAUAAAAAUAUAAAUGAUGAUUUUGAAGGGGCGACUAAAUUUCAAGUCAAAUUUAAUAUUAAUUUUGAAUUGAUUUGUGAAGCGUUAAUUGAUGCUACUGAACAGGAUAGAAAUUUACAUAUUUCUAAUUCAAUUGUUAAUGCUGUUAGUAAUGGUGAUGGGUAUACAUAUGUUUAUCAAUCAAAAUAUAAUAGCAAAAAGCAGGAUUAUAUAUCAUUUACAUAUUGGUGUAAUGCUCAAGAAGAAUUGCACAAGUAUCAUAAAAAAGUGGAAGAUGCCUCAAAGCGACAUA